AUGGCGAUCGGAAGAUCGUCGCGCGGCAACAAGCGCUCCUCUUACACCUCCUACACAUCCACCGUGACGACCAUUGUGUUCGUCACGCUAUGUGUUGUUGGCGUCUGGAUGCUCACCUCUGAUUCCUUUAUCCCGCCACAAACCACCACCAAACGAUCCUCCUCCUCCUCCACCACCGCCGCAACCACGGCCGCAACCGCCACCAACGACGAUUUCUCCUCCUCCUCCUCUGUCAAGACCGAGGACAAGAAGGACACCACUUCGUACGAGGACAAUCCUGGCGACCUCCCUGAUGACGCCAUCAAAUCUGAUGACUCUCGUCAAUCCGACGGCAAAGACAGCAACAAUAAUGCGAAUGACAGCAAGGACGGUGCAAAUGGGAGUUCUCAGGAGAAUCAAACCCAAGACACCGAUGCGGAUAAGGGUGCUGGUUCGACCGACAAUAAGCAGGGAUUGCAAGAUCAAGGAACCGGCGGCGGUGACGUCAAAAGCGACGAGGUGAAAUCAGAAAACAACAAUGAAGACUCCGCGGAAGUGAGCACGCAAGGUCUGCAAGGGAAAGAAUCUGGUGAAGAGCAUGAAAAGCAGAACGAGAACGAGAACCAAGCGUCCGAAGAGAGCACGGUGACACAGAACCAACAAAGUGAAGAGAACAACGAACAGAGCAACGAUGAACAGCAGCAGCAACAGAGCAACGAAGAUACAAGCGGAAAUCAAGAGCAAGAACUGGCUGCGGGCUCUCAAAAUGAAAGCAAAUCACAAGAAGGCGAGAAUAAAUAUACAGAUGAGGAUCAACAACAACAGCAACAGCACCAAAAACAAGAAAAUCAAGUCGAGAACAAUGACAGUUCGAACGAAGAUCAAAAGCUACGGCAGGAGAAUGACGCCACAGCACAGGAGCCUCAAAAACCAAUGUUGGACGUGGAUGAAAAAAAGCGAAUGGAAGAGCAACAGCGACUCCGAGAGGAGGACGAAUCGACAUCGCAAUCGGAGCAGCAAUCACAAGAAGAGGCGCAUAGACCGGAAGAAACGACAGAUCAGAAAAGUAAGCACGUGGAAGCAACAAGUCCGGCCCAGCAAGAACAUGACGAGAUGCCGAUCCAAACUGACACGCACCAGGAUGCCCAACAAGACGAAGCCUCGCAUAAAACAGAUGGGUCAUUUUCAAACGGGGAGAACUCAGGGAUCCCAAAGGAAUCGAAGGAGUCAAAGAAGUCAUGGUCGACGCAGGCAGCACAGUCGGAGAAUCAGAAGGAGAGGAGAGGGCAGGGGGUGACAGGCGGCGACGAUAGCAUCUAUGGUUACACAUGGCAGCUCUGCAAUGUGACGGCAGGUCCGGACUAUAUACCAUGUUUGGACAACCAGAAGGCGCUGAAGAAGUUGCGCAGCACCAAGCACUUUGAGCAUCGGGAGAGGCAUUGCCCUGAGGACGCGCCGACGUGCCUGGUCCCGGCCCCUGAGGGAUACAAGAGGUCCAUUGAGUGGCCCAAGAGCAGGGAGAAGAUAUGGUACUAUAAUGUGCCACACAAGACGCUCGCGGAUGUGAAGGGUCACCAGAACUGGGUUAAGGUGACUGGAGAGUUUCUAACUUUUCCCGGUGGAGGCACACAGUUCAUACAUGGCGCGCUCCAUUACCUCGAUUUUCUUCAGGCUUCAGUACCCAAUAUCAAAUGGGGAAAGCACACACGAGUCACACUUGAUGUUGGAUGUGGAGUCGCAAGCUUUGGGGGUUACCUUUUCGAAAGAGAUGUUCUGACAAUGUCCUUCGCUCCCAAAGAUGAACACGAGGCUCAGGUUCAGUUUGCCCUGGAAAGAGGAAUACCAGCGAUUUCUGCUGUUAUGGGGUCUCAGCGCCUGCCAUUCCCGAGCAGAGUCUUUGAUCUUGUGCACUGCGCACGGUGUCGAGUCCCUUGGCAUGCUGAAGGCGGGCUACUUCUGCUAGAACUGAACCGUGUUCUUAGGCCGGGAGGUUACUUUGUCUGGUCAGCUACUCCAGUGUACCAGACACUUGAAGAAGAUGUUCAAAUCUGGAAAGAAAUGUCUGCUCUGACAGCAAAUAUGUGUUGGGAGCUAGUGACCAUACAGAAGGACAAGCUAAAUUCAAUUGGAGCAGCCAUCUACCGGAAACCGAGAUCAAAUGACUGUUACGAGCAAAGAAAGCAUAACAGCCCUCCAUUGUGUAAAAAUGAUGAUGAUCCAAAUGCUGCCUGGUAUGUUCCCCUUCAGGCAUGCAUGCACCGGAUCCCAGUCAAUGAGGCAGAGAGAGGGAGCCGAUGGCCGGUGGUCUGGCCACGCAGAAUGCGGACACCACCUUACUGGCUGAACAGCUCCCAGAGUGGGAUCUAUGGGAAACCAGCCCCACAAGAUUUCUCUGCAGAUUACGAACACUGGAAACGAGUAGUGAGUGGCUUGUACAUGUCGGGGCUUGGAAUUAGUUGGUCCGGCGUGAGAAACGUUAUGGACAUGAGAGCUGUCUAUGGCGGAUUUGCCGCUGCACUGAAGGAUCUCCAAAUGUGGGUGCUGAACGUGGUAAAUGUCGACUCGCCAGACACGCUUCCCAUAAUAUUCGAGAGAGGACUUUUCGGAAUAUAUCAUGAUUGGUGCGAGUCCUUCAGCACUUACCCUAGAACCUAUGACCUGUUGCAUGCAGAUCAUCUCUUCUCCAAGCUUAGGAAGAGGUGCAAGCUUGCCCCGGUAAUGGCAGAAGUUGAUCGAAUCGUGAGACCUGGAGGUAAAAUAAUAGUCCGUGAUGAGUCUGGCGCCAUAGGGGAGAUCGAGAACUUACUUAAAUCACUGCAUUGGGAGGUCCACUUAACAUUCUCCAAAGACCAAGAAGGAAUUCUCAGUGCACAGAAAGGCGAUUGGCGGCCAAACACAUAUGCAGCUACUUCCUGA